GGGACCGUUCCCAUGGUGACCACUGUUACGUAAUAACAGUGGGUACCUUCUGUAGCUGAACAUUAGAGAAGGGUAGAUAAGGGCACAGAGGGAGGUGAUAAACAGAAAUUAUUUCCCUACCAAUUUAGAUUUAGAAAAAAACUUUGUGCAAUUCAAGUGUGCUUUAAAGGAUGAAGCAUGAGGCAGAAUAUGAGCCGAGCAUACAGCUUUAAAAUAUUUCUUUCUGUCUAUGGGGUUCCUGGCAUAGCUUUCUAUUUCUCAGGCAUUGUAGAAUCUCAAAAAAUGAUGCUUUUUUGAGAUUCUAAGAUGCUUUACCACCCAACCUUACUUUUCUGCAGUGUUGUGUGCUGCAAAUUCCUUUAUUUUUCCCAUUUUCCAACAAAAGAAAUGUACUGUGUAGAUGAAUUAAACUGAAAAAAUUCAAUCUGAACAUAGUGAAAGUGAGUGAACCCUAUUAGUCUUUCAUACUUCUUAUAUCACAUGCUGGCAUUUAAACACAGAUAUUAUCUGAUUGGUCUGCAGGCCUUAAGGGGGCCCUGUUCCCAUGGUGGGUGUCACUGAAUGUAUUUAUUGUUGGCUGUGCAAGGCAAAUUGUCCAGCGUUGAUAAGGACGAUUGCAGCUGAAGCAGCUUUAUUUUCAAUGUUUAAGCUUGCUCAGUGGUUUCCAGGAGUUUCUCUUUUCCCUAAGGUGCUAUUGAAUUCAUGUAUAUUAGGAGGUUUACGAAACGGUAACACGUUAUUGCCCUUUGUGGGUGAAGAAUAUGGUAUUAAAGUUAGAAAAACACCUACUUUGGUACAGAUAAACCAAAUUUACCAAAGAUUUCCAAACAUUUACUAAGUUCUGCUCCAAAUGUGUUCAUUAUGUUUAUCUAAAAUUGGACAUUGUUUGAAUCUUAAUAUAUGUGAAGAUGUAUUAAGAGUGAAAAUGUAAAUUUUUUUGUACAAGUGAACUUCUAUUAAGUCUGUACUUGUGCCACUCAUACUUACCUCAUAGAUAAAUACUAUAUUGAUCCUGGGGGAAAUCUGAGCAUCGAGUAGCUAAAAAAAUAAAGACAUAAAAUGAUAAACAAACAGAAAAAUAAAAUAUAACAAUAAUUUAAAGAAAAGAUUGUACAUUGUACUGUAAAACUUAAGUCAUGAAAAUGAUUCUGUGCAGAAAAAACUAUAGAAACUCCACAAAACUAUAGAAAUUGAUUUGAUUAUCGAUGAUUGAUUUCGCCUUACUUAUAGCUAAAUGCUGUUUCAACCAUUUAUUCUAUACUUAGCUAUUUAAAUCGCAUAUCUAUUAUGCUUAUCUAUCUAUCUAUCUAUCUAUCUAUCUAUCUAUCUAUCUAUCUAUCUAUCUAUCUAUCUAUCUAUCUAUCUAUCUAUCUAUCUAUCUAUCUAUCUAUCUAUCUAUCUAUCUAUCUAUCUAUCUAUCUAUCUAUCUAUCUAUCUAUCUAUCUAUCUAUCUAUCUAUCUAUCUAUCUAUCUAUCUAUCUAUCUAUCUAUCUAGUUCCAAGGGUUGGCUUUUAUUUUCAUCUGCUUACUUUCUGCUCACUGUUUGAAAUCUCAACUACAGCUGACUUAAUAUGUGAAUAUACAUUAUUUAACUGUAAAUUACAGCUCAGCUUCCGACAAUUUUUCCACUUAGGCCCAAAUAACUGCAAAAACACCCCCAAGCAUACAAAUACUCCAGUUUUGAAAUCAAUGCCCACCAUCUGGAGCUAUACCACUGGCCGAGAGAGCGAUAGAUGGAGGGCAAAGCGAGCGGUAUAGUGGUAGCGCUCCAAAUUUAGUUGCCCCUCUGCUUGUGAACUAAAUACCAAUGACAACAGACAAACUGACACCCACCCGCUCGCUCAUUCAGUCCGUCAGUCGACUCAAGCUUCUGCAGCCCCCUCUGGCCCACCCUCCCCUCCACAAGCCUGGUAUCGGGGAGCGGGAGCACCCACACAGGUCGCACUACCCAGUCUGACCCUCUCAGCCUCUCACCUUUCUGACUUCCUACCCCUGAGGAGACAGGCACAACUUAAGACUACUCCUCCUCCCCACCCCCGAGAGGCCUUCAGGACAGGUAAGACAUUACUACUCGGGCCUCUCCACAGGUGUGCCAUCCAGGUCUGACGUGACACUUGCACUUUGAAUCAAGCAUGACUCUCACUACCACCUACAGCCUGCAUUAUGUUUGGUACAUUGCUUGCUGUCAGUUUUAGUUCUCUUGAACACUUUUUAUAUCCAUAUGUUGCUGGAAAGGGUGCCUCUUGUGGGCUGUAUAUCCUGAUUUUUCUCACAUCUGUGUUUAAUUGAACUAUUCUCUUGUUUAAACUACCUAAAAAAAUGUACCACUGAUAACAAGCAUUUGUGAUGAAAUGCUCCUUCAUUCCUUUGACCCUCGGUGAAAUCUAUUCAGUAAUGGAAAGAAACGCCUGCAUUGUGCCCUCUGACACCUUGGUGUAAAGUUUCCACUCUCCUAUUUCAUCCAUGUUUGCUGUGACAGCACCAUGUUCUCUACCUGUGUCCUCUCAGCCCACUUGGGUAAUUUCAAGUCUAUCGAUUCCUGGACCUCCUGACACAGCUGACUGCCAUGUCUGAAGAGCAUGUGCUUCAUGUUUAACAGCCUAAGGUUAUUUAAAGGGAUGUGCUAACUUUGCCCUUUUUGCUGCCACGAUAAAUUCUAUCAGCUCCGGUGGUUCUUUAUGCACAGUGUGUAUGCUUGAUGUUUGCCCAAUCAAUGGCCAACAUGGUGCAGUGCUGCCUUGCUUUUUUUUGUCUCUUGUUAUACAUUUGAACAGGCUGUACUGAUGCGUGCUGUCUCCUGUGACUUUUUGUGUCUCGUCCGAACUCCCCAGGGGCGGCCAUGUCACAGUUCUCCACCAUGACAAACCGCGAGAGGAAAAUGCAGGCAGCAGCAAUCUGCAGAGAGGUGCAAGCCCAGGAAGAUGUAGAGAUGGAUCUGGGGAAGAAAAUGAGCGUGCCUAAGGACAUCAUGCUAGAGGAGCUGUCUCUCGCCUCCAACCGGGGCUCCCGGCUCUUCAAAAUGCGCCAGAGACGCUCCGAAAAAUACACUUUUGAGAGCAUCCAGAAUGAAAACAACACACAGCUCAGUAGCACAACGGUUUUCCAAACUGAGAAUGGCAGCCCAGCAGACAGCAGCAACAAUGAGAACAACUCGGGUGAUAACCAGCAACCUAAAGUAACGUGUGAUGCACCAGAUGCAGGGAUGGUGCCGAAUCCAGCCAGCAUUGCUCCAGGAUAUGGAGGUCCUUUGAAAGACAUCCCCCCAGAGAGGUUCAACAGUACAGCUGUGCCAAAAUCCUACCACUCACCCUGGGAGCAGGCCAUUAUCAAUGACCCGGCCUUGGCUGACACUCUCAUCACCCGCAUGCCUGAGCUGGAGCCCCGACCAGACCGACCAGGGUACAAAAGUUUCAACAGGGUAGCAACCCCUUUCGGUGGCUUCAGCAAGACGCCCAGACCUGCUCCUAUCAAACCCAUCCAGGUGGAAACUCUCCCAGAGCUGCCAGAGCUUCAGGGGGAAGCCACGGUGAAUCGACCCUCCUUCAACAGAUCUGCUCUGGGGUGGGUGUCAGCGGGCGGUCCGGUCUCCCUGCCUACUAUCUCCCUUGAGCCUGUGCUUAUCCCUGAGUCAGAAGACCUCUGAACCUACAAUGAAGUCACACAGAGAUGCUGUCUGCUUAGUUGCUUCACCCGAGGUUGUUGUGAGCGUGGUGAAGUUCCUGUCAGCAGAGUGGGGUUUGAAAGAAAGCAUCCUGUUCGUGGUUCAUGCGAGCUUUCAUGCAUCAUCCACUAGUUUACUAGUGAUGUUAAAUAUUGCACUGCAGAGGAAAAUAAAUAAAUCACAUUGUUCAGUAGGUCGACUCACUCCUGGAAUAAAUCAACAUUGUUGUA